AAUUUGGCUGCUGCGCUGGUAGCUGCAGGUGAUAUGGAAGGAGCAGUCCAGGCAUAUGUGUCUGCCCUUCAGUACAACCCUGACUUGUACUGUGUUCGUAGUGACCUGGGGAACCUGCUCAAAGCCCUGGGUCGCUUGGAAGAAGCCAAGGUAGGUGUUGGGUAGAAUACAUGUAAACGUCAGUGUUUUGAAAACUUGAACUUUGCACCAAGUCUUCAAAUCUGCGUUGAUCUACAGACAGUCUGAGAAACUGCUGAAAACUGAAGGCACUGAAACACCCCAGAGUAGUUGCAGGGCAAGAUAUGGCAUGUCCAUGUUUAAAAGUUGGUUUAAGUCAAGAAAUGGAACACCACCAAGCCUUUCUGCUGAACUAGACUAUCUGAUACCAUUCUGAAGUAUUGGGCAGGGGCUCCAUCAUGCUCUUAUCUGGAAAUAAGUAACAGUCCUUCAAAUCUGAGGCUUGCCUGCUGGUGCCAAGCAGAGAGCCUGUGAUUAGCUCAAGAUCCCUGUACGAUGCAGGUGCUAUUGAAAAUGCUGCUCUUCUAAAGUCCUUUGUGGCUUGUAAGUGGAGAAGAAACUUAUCCAAAUGUUACCUUGUAAUAUUGGCUUUUAAAGAUUUUUAUUCUUUUAACUUUUCCCUUCCCUUGAUAGUGGAAGAAAGGCUAGUAAAUGAUCAAUAGCUGCAGUAUGCGAACUCCCCGAAUAUCUUUUCUUCAUGUCUUCCCUCUCCCCUCCCCCAAAAUAAAGAAAUCAGGAGGACAAAGCUGGUUUGUUUGGGAAAUGAACUGAUCGAAAGAAAACUUGCUGUAGUGGAAAGGUGGCUUCUAGCAGUCUUGUGUUUCCUAAACUGAGAAUUCGAACACCAAGAUGAGUUUAAAAUUCUUGGCAUGUUAAAAUUUGGAUUGCACAAAGAAAUUGUCUUGUUACAAGCCACCUUACGCGUCCGCGCUGCAGGGGUGAGGAGUGUGGAGAAAUCGGAAACACUCUGGACUCCACGUCUGUCACUCCAAGCCCCACGCGCAUGCUAAAAAGUGGAGUGUAUGAACAGCGUAGCUGUCUGUUUGGCUGCAACAAUUCGGGGAGGGUUAUGGGGUAAUGGGAGUGCAGGUUCAAAGUUCAUUAUUUUUUUGAUUUCACUUGACAACUUGGAUGUGCGUACCAUCGUAGGGCGGCCUAAUUGAUUUGGUCACAUCCAGGUUGAAAACAUUUUGUAGCAGCAUCUAGAGUUUGAACAGUCUUUGAGACACUUGGUUCUCAGCCCACCAAGCGGACAGCUAACAUGAAUUGCACUUCACUGCAGCUUUAGUGUGACUGGUAUAGGCCAAGACACUGCGCCUGCCUUAGGUUGCUGACUUCUUUGUUUCAGAGCUCUGGAGACACCUAGUUUGAAAGUGUUGUUCCGUUUUGUGAGAACUUAAUAAACGAGGAAAAACAUCUUGAGUAAAUUGCAAUGUGUUUCUUUGGUUAUCAGUCCAUUUAAAAGAUCAAGCCAGCAGAUUCCUUACAGUUUGAACUAAAAUUUAAUUUCUUUGUAGAUAUUUCAGAGCCUUUCUUCCAAAAAAAAAAACCAAACCGAAAAAAGUCCCUGCUGUAUGCAAUUGCCCUGAUUAACCCUCUCCCUUCUGCAUGUCUCCCUUGUUACAGACAGAUUGUCCUCAUUCCCAUGUGUUAAAGACAUAUCCAAAAAAAUGCAAUUGCUUUGUUGAACUCUUACUAAUGAUCUUGUUUUAUUUUCUCUCUUGUUUUUGGUUUUUCACCACUGAUAUUGUAUUUAGAAGGUUUCAGGUGGGUGAAACCUCCUAUUCCAUGCGUAAGGUGCCUCGCUGAAGGGAGCUCGAGGCCUGGAUCUAGGGCAGACACACACCUCCUCCUCCUCUUCCAGCAAGGAACGCACCGAAAAGUCACAUGAUGAGAAAUAUGGCCUGUUACUUAAAAGCAAUUGAGACUCAACCAAACUUUGCAGUGGCUUGGAGUAAUCUUGGCUGUGUAUUCAAUGCCCAAGGAGAAAUUUGGCUUGCAAUUCAUCACUUUGAAAAGGCUGUAACACUUGACCCAAAUUUUUUGGAUGCUUACAUCAAUCUUGGAAAUGUCCUGAAGGAGGCAAGGAUAUUUGACAGAGCUGUAGCAGCUUAUCUACGAGCCUUGAGCUUGAGUCCAAAUCACGCAGUUGUGCACGGCAACCUUGCCUGUGUGUAUUAUGAGCAAGGACUAAUAGACCUGGCAAUAGACACCUACAGGAGGGCUAUUGAACUGCAACCCCAUUUCCCUGAUGCCUAUUGUAACUUGGCCAAUGCCUUGAAGGAGAAAGGCAGUGUGGUGGAAGCAGAAGAAUGCUACAAUACAGCUCUUAGACUUUGUCCCACUCAUGCAGAUUCUCUCAACAAUCUCGCAAACAUCAAACGGGAACAGGGGAAUAUUGAGGAAGCCGUCCGUCUUUAUCGGAAAGCUCUUGAGGUUUUUCCAGAGUUUGCUGCUGCACAUUCAAAUUUAGCAAGUGUUCUGCAACAGCAAGGAAAGUUACAGGAAGCUCUGAUGCAUUACAAAGAGGCUAUUAGAAUCAGCCCAACAUUUGCAGAUGCUUAUUCUAAUAUGGGAAAUACUUUGAAGGAGAUGCAGGAUGUUCAGGGAGCUCUGCAGUGCUACACCCGUGCCAUUCAGAUAAACCCAGCUUUUGCUGAUGCUCACAGCAACCUGGCCUCUAUUCACAAGGAUUCAGGGAAUAUACCAGAAGCCAUUGCCUCUUACCGCACUGCUCUAAAGCUGAAACCUGAUUUCCCAGAUGCCUACUGCAACUUGGCCCACUGUUUGCAGAUUGUCUGUGACUGGACAGACUAUGAUGAAAGAAUGAAGAAGCUGGUUAGCAUUGUAGCUGAUCAGCUGGAGAAAAACAGGCUGCCUUCUGUCCACCCACAUCACAGCAUGCUGUAUCCCCUUUCUCACAGUUUUAGGAAGGCUAUUGCUGAGAGACAUGGAAAUCUGUGUUUGGACAAGAUUAAUGUUCUUCACAAGCCACCAUAUGAGCAUCCCAAGGAUUUGAAGGCCAGUGAAGGUCGACUUCGUAUUGGCUACGUGAGCUCCGAUUUUGGAAACCAUCCAACCUCACACCUAAUGCAGUCAAUCCCUGGCAUGCAUAACCCAGACAAAUUUGAGGUAUUCUGUUACGCUCUGAGUCCUGAUGAUGGUACAAACUUCCGUGUAAAAGUGAUGGCUGAAGCAAAUCAUUUCAUUGACUUAUCUCAGAUACCAUGUAACGGAAAAGCAGCAGACCGCAUCCAUCAGGAUGGGAUACACAUUCUCAUUAAUAUGAAUGGUUACACCAAAGGAGCCCGAAAUGAGCUGUUUGCCCUGAGGCCAGCACCUAUUCAGGCGAUGUGGCUGGGGUAUCCUGGAACCAGUGGGGCAUUGUUCAUGGAUUAUAUCAUCACAGAUAAAGAGACUUCCCCGGUUGAGGUGGCUGAGCAGUACUCAGAGAAAUUGGCUUACAUGCCAAACACUUUCUUUAUUGGAGACCAUGCUAACAUGUUCCCCCAUCUGAAGAAAAAAGCAGUCAUUGAUUUCAAGUCCAAUGGUCAUAUUUAUGACAACAGAAUUGUUUUGAAUGGUAUUGACUUGAAGGCUUUCCUUGACAGCCUCCCCGAUGUCAAGAUUGUUAAGAUGAAGUGUCCUGACAGUUGUGACAAUGCAGACGGCAAUGCUGCCCUCAGUAUGCCAGUCAUUCCUAUGAACACAAUUGCAGAAGCUGUGAUUGAGAUGAUCAAUCGUGGGCAAAUUCAGAUAACUAUCAAUGGAUUCAACAUCAGUAAUGGAUUAGCAACUACUCAGAUUAACAACAAAGCAGCAACUGGCGAAGAAGUGCCACGAACUAUAAUUGUUACUACCCGUUCUCAGUAUGGCUUACCAGAGGAUGCUGUUGUAUACUGUAACUUUAAUCAGCUGUAUAAGAUUGAUCCUUCCACUUUACAGAUGUGGGCUAAUAUCCUAAAAAGAGUUCCAAACAGCGUGCUGUGGCUGCUACGUUUCCCGGCUGUAGGAGAACCUAAUAUUCAGCAAUACGCACAAAACUUGGGUCUUUCCCAAAACCGAAUCAUCUUUUCUCCAGUUGCCCCCAAAGAAGAACAUGUGAGGAGAGGGCAAUUGGCUGACGUUUGUCUAGAUACUCCACUUUGCAAUGGGCACACAACUGGGAUGGAUGUCCUCUGGGCUGGGACUCCAAUGGUCACUAUGCCAGGCGAGACUCUUGCAUCCCGAGUUGCUGCCUCCCAGCUUACUUGCCUGGGUUGUCUCGAGCUCAUUGCAAAAAGUAGACAGGAGUACGAGGAUAUUGCUGUGAAACUGGGAACUGACCUGGAAUACCUGAAAAAAAUACGUGGCAAAGUCUGGAAGCAGAGAAUAUCCAGUCCUUUGUUCAACACGAAACAGUACACAAUGGACCUGGAGCGGCUUUAUCUUCAGAUGUGGGAUCACUACGCUGCUGGCAACAAACCGGACCACAUGAUUAAGCCAGUAGAGGCCAGUGAGUCUGCGUGAAGAAAGGCUGGCUGCGUGCCCACCCAGAACUCUCCGGGAACUGAGCCUCUCAAACACUUCUGCAGAGAUGAUGAGCUAAAAACUGUGCAUUUCUACUUAAUCUGCCUGGUACUCUGUGGCUGAAGUAAUACAUGAUGGUGAUUAAAGCACAGCCAGAAUAAUUUCUUGCAUGAUAGGGAAAGACUCUAUAGAGCCUGGGAUCCUUUUAUUCCAUUGAGGAAUUUGAAUGGGAUUGAGCUGUGUACACGUGAGCCAGUGUGUAUGAGUGAAUAGUGGUUGCUGGGGGAAGUUCGAACUGCCCAACCAAUUAUGAUUUCAUGGAUUGAUUUAACCUUCCUAUGAAUCUCUCUCCUUUUAUGUGGAUUGGGAAUUGGAGCAUUUUAACAUUUGAUUUUUGGAUACUCCUGUUGGUAUAUGUGUGGUUCUCCCAUGACAAGAUUUCCAGCUAACGAGUGUUGCUCCCUGCAUUAAUUUCUAAACCAUGUGGACUGAAAGGGCAUAUUUGCUGGUGUAGUCUUUUUUUAUAGGUUUUAUAAACCACUUAAGCCUAUAUCAGCCUUUUAAUGUUUGACCUCUGUUUUGGAGCUCUCUGUAAUGUGUUGGUUUAGAUAAGGACUUUGGGGUUUUUUUGUUUGUUUGUUUGUUUGUUUGUUUUUAAGCUUCUCCAAUAAGUCAGCUAAUUGCCUUCAUGAUGGCAGCUCCUAUUUUGUUGAAAAACCAAAUUUGAUUUGAAAUUAAUCCUCCCCACAAGUGUUUGAGGUAAACACAAACUGGUGCCAAAUACAGAUCUUUCAGGAAUGAUUGUUAAUUAUGUAUAGAAGUGCAGUCCUAGGUACUGUAGCAAAGACUUUAAACAAAAAAUAAAGCUUUGGUUUGCCAGUUUGA